AUGACGGUGCGGGAGGUGCUGUACAUGUACAACGUCGCGCGGGAGGCGUACGAGCGGUUCAUCUCCGUGGGCGGCAACCCGGAGCAGGCCCAGAACGCGGUGGCGCUGCUGGUGUGGCUUGACCAGGGCACCAUCUCCGCCAUCCACCACGUCCCCGGCCUUGAUACUGGCGCCGUGGCCAUCAUCGCCGAGGAGGCCAACGCCGUCCUCGAGUGCCUCCGCUACCCGGUGCCCGUGCUCCCGCCCAUCCCGCUCAUCUCCACGCUCUGCUUGCAAGGCGGCGUCUACAUCGAGCCUGGCUUUUUCGCCUUCCACCAGGACUUGGUGGUCCGUGGGGUUGCUCACUUCCUCGAUGGCACCGGCAAGUUGGUCUUCAACGACCGCUUGAAUGUAUUGCUCCGGAGGUAUGAGACUGGACUGGUUGGGAACCCGCCGGAGCUCAUGGCGCCCUACAGCCCCCUUCCGGUGGUGGUGCCGGAGGACUGCCGCUCCAUGUUCAUCACCUUCUCCAAGGACAUGCAUCUCCAUCGCGAAGAGAUCUUCGACUACUUCAGGGAGAAAUGGGGUGACUGUGUGGUGAGGGUGCUCAUGGAGAAGACGACAGGCGGCAACAUGCCCAUGUAUGGCCGGAUCAUCUUCAAGACAGAGGCGGUCGUGAAGCUAGUGCUCAACGGUGAGAGGCUCGUCAAGAUCUCCAUCGACCACCGUGAGAUGUGGAUGCGCAAGUACAUUCCCAGGCCAACCAACGCCGUCGCCUAGCCAGAUCAAUCCAGGAAUCAAUCAUCGUCUUGUCUCAAUGCUCGUGUUGCUUGUUAGCCAGAUCUACCGGAUUUGCGACGUGCCAUUUCAAAAAAGAUUAGUAACCCAAUGUUGUGUUGGAGCCAAAUUAGGAGAAAUUAAAGACUGCUUGACAAAAAGU